AUGUAUGCGUGUGGUGUUAAUAAUUCUGAAAUUUUAAGCAGUGAUUUUUGGCUUAAUUCAGUGAUGUAUAGUGAGAGUACGGAAAAUAACACUUUGACUUUUAACCACGAAAACAAUUUAAAAGAAUUUUCAUCUUGUCAUGUGAAUUCUAAUGGAAGAAUUAAAUAUAUUAUGAAUAAAGAGAACAGUAAAAUGAAUUUUGAGAGGUGCAUAGUGAAAUAUAACGCAGACCAGCAUUGUCUUUCACUACGAGAGAUUUCCAAUUAUGCACCUGAUCAAAUGGAUAGUAUUGAAUAUUACGUUAACAAUCACCAGAAGAACCUACCUACAUAUAUGCCAAAAUCAACUAUUAAGGCCACUUUAAAAAGAAAGCGUAGACGUACAAUUUUUACAACAAAGCAAAUUGUAGCACUAGAGGAAGUUUUUAAAAAAAAGCCCUACGUGCAUCGUGAAGAAAGAAUUGAACUAAUGAACAAAUUAAAUGUAAAUGAAAGAUCUAUCAAAGUUUGGUUUCAAAAUCGACGACGCCUAAGUGAAAGGAAGUGCCAAGAUUACAUCUUAGAUUCACCGACAUCAGAGGACUUGUCAGAAACAAUGUCAGAUAGAUUAACAUUGAUUGAAUCAUAUAUAAAGCAUAAUUCAGAUGAAAAUGGAUAUGUUAUUUUAGAUAGUGAAAUGAUGAACAACUUAGUUGAUAUCAUAGAUGAGUGCUUACCGCAAGAUAUUAAUCUACUUGAAAAAACUAUCACAGAACCACAUACUAAUGUCAAUAAAAUGGUUUAUGAACCCAUAUCGCCUGUAAGUCUCAGUGAAAAUUCUGAAGAUAUAGAUCUUAGAGUUGAGACUCAGGAAAAAUUGUUAGGGAUUACAGAUUAUUACUAUUUA